AUGGAGAAACAAUACAGCAUUCCAUUUGGCCCUGAAACUGAAGGAGAAACUCGUAGUCGUCGUUCUAUUCUUUCUCCUAAUGAACUUUUGAAAACUCCUGUUGAAGGUGUUUAUACCCUUUACGACGUCUUUCAUUACGAGGAAGCUGCAAAGGUAGCUUCACAAAUUGGUGCUGGAUUAGUAAAAUUGGGCCUUGAAAAAAAUGCCAAGAUAACAAUUUUCGCUGCAACUAGCGCUAAUUGGUUACUCGUAACGCAUGGCUGUUUCACCCAGGCGAUGACCAUUGUUACUGCGUAUGAUACUCUUGGUGAAGAAGGACUAAUCCACUCAAUGAAUGAGACUGAGGUUCAGGCCUUGUAUACCAAUGCUGAUUUACUUCCCAUGAUAAAAAAGGUUGCAGGAAAGUGUCUUAAACUUGAGCAUGUGAUCUAUGACGGUGAAGCCAAUGGAAAGAUUUUGGAUGAGCUAAAGGAUGAAUAUCCUAAACUCAAACUUUACACGUUAGAUGAAUUAAAGCAAUUGGGUAAAGAUAAUCCAUUAGAUUCAAAUCCUCCAUCACCAGAUGACUUUUGUUGUAUUAUGUACACUUCUGGAAGUACGGGAAACCCAAAAGGUGUUUUAUUAACCCAUUCAAACUUAGUAGCUGCAAUUGCUGGUAUUAAUAAACUGCUUCAAACUAUUAUUCUACCUGAUGACACUUUGCUCGCUUAUCUUCCCCUUGCGCACGUUCUUGAAUUUACCGUGGAACAUGUGUGCCUAUUCUGGGGUGUGUCAUUGGGUUAUGGUACCGUACGUACAUUAACUGACGCGUCAGUGCGUAACUGUCUUGGAGAUAUACGUGAAAUGAAACCGUCCCUAAUGACAGGUGUACCAGCUGUGUGGGAAUCUAUUAGAAAAGGAGUUCUAUCAAAGGUUAAUGCCGGAAGUCCAACGAUACAAAGGGUUUUUAAUGCCGCAUUUAAGGCAAAAGGUUGGUUAAUGAACAAAGGUUUACCAACCAAACCUUUGGAUAUUGCAGUAUUCAAUAAAAUUAGACAACAAACUGGUGGUAGAUUAAGAUAUGCUUUAUCUGGUGGUGCUCCAAUUUCUAAAGAAACACAAGAAUUUCUGUCCAUCACUUUGUGCCCAAUUUUGCAGGGUUAUGGCAUGACCGAGUCUUGUGGUAUGUGCGCAGUUAUGCCCCCUGAUCAGUUUGAAUACGGAAGUGUAGGUUCGCCAGUGCCUUGUUUGGAAAUUAAAUUAGUUGAUGUAUCAGAAGCAGGCUACAAAUCCACAAAUACUCCAAAUCCUCAAGGUGAAAUUUGGGUUCGUGGACCUGUUAUCGCUAAAGGUUAUUAUAAAAAUGAAAGUCUAACUAAAGAAACAAUAACUGAUGAUGGUUGGCUUCAGACUGGUGACAUUGGAGAAUGGCGUCAAAAUGGUACUUUAGCGAUUAUUGACCGCAAGAAAAAUUUAGUAAAGCUUUCUCAUGGUGAAUAUAUCGCUCUUGAAAAACUUGAAUCUGUCUAUAAAUCAACAGUUUACGUGUCCAAUAUCUGUGUUUGUGCAGAUUCAUUUCAAUCUCGCCCAGUUGCUUUAAUAUGUCCUGUUGAAGAUCGUCUUCGUGAAGUUGCAAAGGAAAAGAAUUUGGGUAAUUUGGAUUUUGAACAAUUGUGUGCACAUAAAGAUAUAAAUUCUGCCGUUCUUCAAGCUUGCCUUGCACUAGCAAAAAAAUCAGACUUUAAACCUGCAGAAUUAUUAUCUGCUAUUGCAUUAGUACCCGAUGAAUGGACUGCUCAAAAUGGUCUUUUAACUGCUGCUCAGAAAAUUAAACGUAAAGAUCUCCAAGACAAAUAUAAAGCAGAAAUAGAUCGAAUGUACGGAAAAUCAUCAUAA